CUUACGGACAAUUUACAAAACAAUUGAAAUUAUUGAACAUUUAUUAUGCAAGUUGGAAAUGAAGAUAAAACAUGCAUAGCAGAGGUUUAUAGGGACACUGGAAUUCGAUACAAGAUGGCCGAGGCUUUGCUAGGAAUUGUGAUUGAAAACUUGGGAUCUUUUGUCCAUGAUGAACUUGCAACAUUUUUGGGUGUUGACCAACAGAUUCAGAAGCUUUCCAGCUAUCUCACUGCAAUCCGCGCUGUCCUCGAAGAUGCUGAGAAAAAGCAAAUCACAAGCAAUGCUGUGAAGGAUUGGCUUCAGAAACUGACAGAUGCAGCAUAUGUGUUGGACGAUAUCUUGGAUGAAUGUUCAAUACACUCAAAAAGUUCAUGCUUAUCUCGUGUCCACCCUAAGGACAUUCUCUUUCGUCGUGAUGUUGGCAAGAGGAUGAAAGACAUUACCCAAAGAUUUCAUGACAUUCAUGAAGAAAGGAGCAUGUUUCAAUUCAGUACUGGUGUCACUGACAAGCAAGCAGAGGAUGAUGAUGAAUGGCGACAAACUAGCUCUGUCAUUACUGAACCCAUUAUCUAUGGUAGAGACCAAGACACAGAGCAAAUUGUGGAGUCUCUUUUGCGGCAUGCAAGCAACAGCCAAGACCUCUCCAUCUAUACCAUAGUUGGUAUGGGUGGACUUGGGAAAACCACACUUGCCAAGCAGGUCUUCAAUGAUGACCGGGUAAGCAAACAUUUUGACUUGACCAUCUGGGUUUGUGUUUCUAAUAAUUUCAAUAUGAAGACAAUACUGCAAGCCAUCAUAGAAUACACCACUGGACAAAAUCCCAACCUCAAUACUUUAGAAGCAAUGCGGAAAAAGGUUCAAGAAGUGCUGCAAAGCAAGAGGUAUUUACUUUUUCUUGAUGAUGUGUGGAACGAAGACCAAGGGAAAUGGAAGGAGUUGAAGGGGGUGUUGCAGUGUGCAAUGGGAACAAUUUUGGUCACCACUCGACUUGAGCAAGUUGCAUCCAUCAUGGAAGCGUGCCAUGUUCAUCGUUUGAUAGAAUUAUCUGAUGAUGACAGUUGGUCAUUGUUCAAACAUCAUGCAUUUGAACAUGACAGAGAAGAGAGUGAAGAGCUUGUUGCAAUUGGCAAAUAUAUAGUGAGGAAAUGCGUUGGUUCACCCCUUGCAAUCAAAACACUGGGAAGUCUCUUGCGUGUUCAAAGUGAAGUACAACAAUGGCAGAACAUAAAGGAAAGUGAGAUUUGGGAUAUAAAGGAGGAAAGUGGUUUCACAAGUGGAGAAAAUUCUAUCCUACGUGCUUUGAAACUAAGCUAUGUUAAUUUAGACUUAUCAUUAAGGAGAUGUUUUUCCUUUUGUGCUAUUUUUCCUAAAGAUUCUGAAAUUGUCAAGGAAGAACUAAUUCAUCUUUGGAUGGCUAAUGGGUUUAUUAAAUCUGAAGGGAAUUUAGAAGUGGAGGAUGUUGGUUAUAAGGUGUGGAAAACAUUAUACAGUAGAUCAUUUUUUCAAGAAGCAAAAUCUGAUGAGUUUGGUAUCAUUACAAGUUUCAAGAUGCAUGAUUUAUUUCAUGAUCUUGCACAGUCCGUUGUGGGUGAAGAAUGUGUGGUUUAUAAGCCAGAAAAUUUGACUCAUUUGUCAAACAAAGUUCACCAUUUACACUUGUUAGAAUGUAAUGAGUCAAAGGCAGUCAAUAAGGCUUCCUUGUAUAAAGUUGAAUCCUUGCGGACUUUUCUUGAUGAUUCGUAUUGGUUCAAAAGAAAUGUUCCUAUGUUGCCAUUAAACAACAGUCUCCGAGCAUUAAAGAUAUCUUCUUGUCAAUUGCCACCUCUGAUGGAUUUAACACAAUUGCGGUACUUAAAUCUGCAUUGUAGUGAUGUCACAUGCUUGCCUAAUUCUAUUUGCAGGUUGCAGAAAUUGCAAGUAUUGAAACUAGAAGAUUGUGACGACCUUUAUGCGUUGCCCAAAGACCUGACACAAUUACAAGAUCUAAGACAUCUUGUGAUCGAUAGAUGUUUCUCAAUAAUAGUGAUGCCUCCCAAUGUUGGAAAGUUAAGGCAUCUAAGAACAUUGAGCAGUUAUAUUGUGGGUUCAAAGCCAGGAUAUGGGUUGGCAGAGUUACAUGGUUUAAAGCUGGGAGGCAAGCUGCAUAUCAGAGGCCUUGAGAAUGUCCCAAGUGAAUGGGAUGCUAAAGAAGCAAAUUUGAUUAGUAAGAGGGAGUUGAAUCGCUUAUACUUGUCAUGGGAUGGUAGUCCUAGUUCAAAAGGUAGUAAUGUUGAUGCUGAGUUAGUACUGGAAGGUCUUGAACCUCCGUCAACUCUCAAAGGUUUUGGGAUGAAGGGAUACAAAGGAGUACGGUUAUCUAGAUGGAUGAGAAAUCCUUCAGUUCUGAAAGACUUGGUAGACGUUAUACUGUACAAGUGUGUGAACUGUAAGGAGCUUCCCCCACUUGGUAAACUAGCACAUUUAAAAAAGCUAAUUGUAUAUGGAAUGAAAGAUGUGAAGCACAUAGAUAGUGAAUCAUAUGAUGGUGUGGAGGAGAAGGCAUUUCCAUCGUUAGAGAAAUUCUUUGUGAGAGAUUUACCAAAUUUGGAGAGGAUAUUGAGAGAUGAAGGUGUAGAGAUGCUCCCUCGUCUUUCGAAAUUAAGUAUUGUGGGUGUCCCCAAACUUAAACUCCCAAGUCUUCCAUUUAUUGAGGACCUUUAUGUUGGGGGCAUUAAGGACGAGGCUUCCCUCAUGGAAGAGGUUGUGGGGAAUAUGGUUUGUCUUAAAAUCCUAAAGAUUGGUGACUUUUAUAAACUCCAGGAACUACCAGACCAACUCAGCAGACUGGGUGUACUGCAGGAACUAACCAUAUCAAAAUGUGAUGAACUGGAGUCUUUUCCAGAACAUGUGUUGCAAGGUCUUACUUCUCUUCGAAGAUUGGAAGUUUUGUGGUGUAAGAAAUUAAAAUGGUUAUGUGAAGGUUUGGGGCAUUUAGCUUGUCUUGAGGUUUUUCAUCUUUGGGACUGUCCAGAGGUGGUGGCUCUACCAAGCAACAUGAACCAACUAACUGCUCUUAAGGAAGUGUCAAUUGUGGGCCCAUUACCAAAAGGCUUAGAAUGUAUCCCCUCCCUUCAAAGGUUGCGUAUAUCAGAUGGUGAAUGUAGUUCAUUGCCAGAGUGGCUGGGAGACAUGACUUCUCUUCGGGAAUUACUUUUAUGGCAAUGCAGUGAGUUGAGGUCACUACCAAGUAGCAUUCAACGCCUCACCAACUUGAGUCACUUAAGUAUUAAAGAUUGCCCAGAGCUGGAAAAGCGAUGCAAGAGGGAAACAGGACAAGAUUGGCAGUACAUAGCUCACAUUCCACAACUGGAUCUGGGCCCAUCAGUAGAGAAGAAGACUUGCACAUUUUAUGGUUCUGAGAGAAUCCAAUCCUUCUGGACUAUUUGCAACACCUUUGGAAUACGGUCUGCUAUAGACUUAUGGCCAGGGGAUCCCCCGGUCGAUGAAUUUCACGCAAUUAUUGAAGAUCAGUGUUGGUGGUGGUGAAUUCUAUUUAUCAUAUAUAUUCCCGCAGACAGUAACAGUGCCAUGGAAGGUCUCGUCUUCGGACUUAUAUGGACAACAGGCAUCCAUCCAUCCUAUUGUUACUUUAUGGAUCUAAUCUCAUUAGGAUAUGAAUCAAUAAUUUAUCAAAAGACCAAGUAAUUGAGACAACUUAUGAAUUGUUUUUUAUUUUAUUUUACGUUUAAGAACAACCUUGUUACGAAUUUAUUUCUAAUUUUCAUCCGUUAUGUCGUGAGUCUAUAAAGAACAAUAACUUGAUGAGCUUGUUGUCAUAAAUGUUAUAUAUUUAUAAAUAAAUGUAUAUGGUAUAUUUAUUCAGCAUGUGAA